AUGGGCUCAGUGCUGCAGGAGCGGCUCCCACAGCCUCAGCUCCGGGUGGAGAGGAGGGAGGUGCAGGAGAGCUGCGGGAGGAAGAAGAGCAACAACAGGCCUCAUGAUCCCAGCAACAAAAUGGGAAGACGGCCCCAGCCACAAAGGAAGUCAGUGCAGCCACAGUAUAUGUCCCCAAGUCAGGAGAAUAACAACGAGAAGAGAAUGCAGCAAAGAAGAAAGCACAAGCCUCUUCCCCCCCAGACUAAAUGCAACACCUUUCAACACAGUGCUCAGGGAACCUUGGACUCAAAGUCCAAUCCACCUACCUCUGCAGAAGACAGGAUGGAGCCCAAGGUGCGGCCGGCUGCUCAGCGCUCCGGCCACAGGGAGAAGAAGCGCACAGGAUUCAGAGGGGGCAGACACACACCAGCCUUUCCCUGCCACCGCCUGUCGAACUCCAGCCCCGAUCUGGACAGACUCUCACCAAAACCAGAGGUGGGACGUCUGAGCAGCCACGGAGACGGUGACAGUGACACUGACACCGACUUGUCAGAGUCAGAGAGAGUUCCUGUGUUGCCCUCUGGUCGGGUUCCUCCACAGCUCGAGUUGAGGCCAGAUGUUCCAGAGGCUGAAGACUGCUCUGCUCGCAGCCACAGGCCCACACUACAAGACAGCAGAGGGUUUGACUUCCCAGACUUCCUUCCUCCACCUUUUAACUCAUGGAACCUCAGUCAGCUGGCUCUCUUCUACAACAUGGAGGGCCUGGGGGCGUCUCGGCCCAGGCCAGUGGGAUGUUUGGAAAGGUACCUGGAGAGGCUGCUGCAGCUGGAGUGGCGUCAGAUCCAGAGUGUCCAGGAGGAGAGCGGGAGGUCUGCUGUGGCAGAUGCAACGUCCAGCUGCCACAGGUCACCAGCUGCUGCCUCGUCACGCCUCAGCUCUCCAAAGUGUAUCCUGCAGUGUCAGCGUUCCUUCCCCCUCACCUUUCUCUCUACCCUGGCCGGGCACUCUACCCUGCUCUCCGGCUGUGCCUGCUCUCUGUGCCGCAUCCGCCUCUCCACCUGUAAAACGUCAUGCUGCCGCUCCACCUACUGCCACACCCGUCCCUCUAGACUGAGCCCCACGCCGGAGCCCAGAGGGGCUGCAUCGCUCCCAAAGAGGAGCUACAGUGAGAGCCGGGUGCACUCCUCAGACAGGAACAUGGUCUCCCAAGCCCAGAGGUCAAGCAGCCCUGUGAGGGCCAACAGCCACCUGAGGAGAAUGCAAGCCUCUGGCAACAUCCGCAACCCGGCUCAAGGUGCUAACACUAGGCCUCAUUCCACCGACAGGGUCUCGAGUGUUGGAGCACGGGGGGAUGCGUUGGAUAACAGGACAGGGGGGUCAAGGAAAAGGAGUGACUCGGAGCAGAGGAGAGGUGGAGGAGUAGAGAGACAACAAAAUGGAUGGGAGAAAAGACGGAGUGGUUCUGAGUGUAGGAGAGGAGGAACCGAGCGAAGGGGAACAGCUGAGUUGAAUGAAGAAGAAAUAAAACCAGAUGCUGUCACUGCAAUAAUGGACAAUUUACCUGGGUCCAAAUUCCCUCCUGUUCACAGGCCAAACAGAACAAAACAUGUUGAAUUUGUUACUUAA